UACAUGAAGUUGUGCAUGACAAUGAUGCUUAAAUAGUUGAAUUGAAUAUAAAUGAAUACAAAUUAUAAUGUAUGACACUCGUGCAAUAUGACACUUGGACAUUUUUCAAUUACUUCUCGUCGACAUUUAGGAUUUGUCAUAGCUGAUUGAUUUAGAUAAGAUAAGAUAGUGUCAGUGUCGAUGGGUAGUUGCUGGAGUGGGUUUCUGGCCGAGUGUCAGAAGAUAAGAAGACCUAUUGAUUACUUUGAAAGAAGUCGUCAAAUAAGAUCGGCAAGAUACAAUGUUCGAGAUAGAGGAGACGGAAUUGAGUUUGAUAAUUUGCUAAGUGAGGAUGAGUAUGAGAUUCAAACAAAACCCAGACAGAAAGUUAUUACUGAUGAAGAAGCAACAUUUAUGAAACAAAAGAGAUAUGGUGAUUUAGUUCAGAAGCAGGAAAUUGUCAAUAUGCAAAUCGACCAAAAGUUGCAACAACAUGAAGAUGAUCUUCGAAAACAAGAAGAGGAAUUUUACGAGGCGAAAAGAGAGGCUGCCAGAGUAGCGAGGCAAGAAAGAGCCAAAAGAGAAAAUCGAAAUACGGCAAGAAAGAGUGAUGAACAUAUAAAGAAGUUACUAGACGAAUCGGCGUUUGUGUCAUGGCUGUCUGAUGAUGAUGACGAAAUAAGCGAUCAUGAUUUGGAUACGCAAGAUUUCGAGGAAUUCUUGGCUAAAGUGAGAAACAGUAACCCAGACGGUGCUGAGGCGGCUAUGAGUUCCCAUCCCUCAGAUUCACUUGAGAACGAUGAUGAAGCGGCGAACCUUGCAAAACAGUCAUUGGACGCUCUAGGACGUUGGUCUCCAGCAUUUGAUGAUGAUUAGCGAGUAUAUCUUGCCACAAAAACAGGUUCAUUUAUCUGCUGAAGAUAAACUGUGUCAGAGAUAUAUGACUGUGAAGAAAAAGUUGUUCUUUUGAACUAUUUAAUUUUGACAAUGAAGGAUGAUUUUAGAGAAAUGCAUUCCUGAAACGUGGUAUUUAAGAAAUCAUAAAACGAUAAGCACUAUUACAUAUUCAUCUAUUCUUAAACAAUACAUAAAAUAUAUUAACAUAAUAUUCAAUUCAAUAUUUCCAUAUUUGCGUUUCAUGAAACGUCAGAACGUAACCAGAGAGGUAAAGGUUGACGUAUUUUAUGAAGAAUUUCAGCGAGACGUCUGUUUGGUUCUUUAAAAAACCCUCGAAGGUGUUUUUCAGCUUUUUCUGCCAUUGGAGGAUAUCUGCGUCCUUUUGACGUUCCCAAACAAGUGUGUCCGUUGUAUUUAUGCUUUGUUAGGCAGAAAAAACCUUUGCGAUUAUUGUAUCUGCAUGAAUGUAUAAAGAUUUACAUUAUCUUAAAUCGUAAUUUCAAUGUUUGACUUCUGUAUAAGACUUACUUUAAAAUAUUACUGUAAUCAAGUACAUUUGUCACUCCUAUGAACAUCUGUACGUCCAAUAGCAAGGAGACUGGGUCAGAUAACAGUUGCUCUCCAUCAAUUGUUAAAAUCUAUCGAGUUAAUAAUUAAUGUUAUUAAUGUACUUAUAAUUGAACGCAAGAACUUCAAUAUAAUGUUCUAUAUUUA